CUCUAUAGCUAAUAACAGUGUAUAGCUACGCUUCAUAAUUAACGUGUGAUGUUUUCAGAAUAAUUUUCAGGGUCAUAUUUUAUAAGAUAAAAAUUAACUUAUAUUAUUAUAUAAAACUUAAAGAUAAUUAUAUGUAAGACUGCCAGCAUUGCAGUCGGUGCACCUUGAUUCAAUACCUUUGAAAAAUGCAAUUAAAACUUUGUUUCUUAACUCUACUGUAUGUUUUACGUGUAGAUAGUGAUCAAUUGCGGAGUGUUAGUGACGAUGAACUAUUGCAACUCAUAAAAGAAAAGGAGAAACUAGUUGCUGUAUUCAAUAAACCCAAUUGCAAAGAAUGUGAAAAAUUGGAAAGAGUUGUGGACGAUUUACAAGCCGAUUUUGAAAAGCAGUUAAAUGCUCUAACAGUUAAGGUGGUAAACAGUCAUUUAGCUCGUCUUUAUAGUCCAACUAAGGAACCAGCAUUAGUAUUCUUUAGACAUGGUGUACCACUUCUUUAUAAUGGUGAAGCUGAUGAGGGUGAGAUGUAUGGUUACUUAGAAAAAAAUCAAUCACCAUCAGUUAAAGAGUUAACAGAUAAGAUAUUUGAACACUUAACACAAGCCGCAACUGGUGCCACUACUGGAGAUUGGUUUGUUAUGUUCUAUGGUGCAUCUUGUGUAGAAUGUCAAAGACUUCAUGCAGUAUGGGAAGGUGUUGGAGCUACAUUGCGUGGAAGAGUAAAUGUAGCUAGAAUGGAUUCCAAUUUAGCAGGAGUCCUUACUGCUAAGAGAUUUAAAGUGUCAAAGUUGCCAACAUUUUUAUUCUUUCGCCUGGGAAAAGUGUAUCGAUAUGAUCUACCAAAAUAUGAUAUCAAAUCAUUUGUAACUUUUGCUCAAGACUGGUAUAAAAAUGUUAAAGGGGAGGCUGUACCACUAUUGUCUUCACCAUUUGAUGAUGUUGUGGACUGGAGUGUUGAGAUGAUAAAGUUUUCAAUAAAACUUGGAGUUGAGAUAUUAGCAAAAUAUCCAUGGAUCUGGCAGAUAGGAGUCACUGGGUUUGGUCUGGUUGCACUGACUGCUAUAAUAGCACUUAUGAAAGCUAGAAAGUCAAAACCUACCAAAACUGUCAAGAAAGACAAGAAAAAGAAGUAACUAAAAAUAUUAGUAAUUUACUUCCACUUCUAAAUCCGUCCAUAUCUCUCCAGAUGGCAUUUUACUUGACAAAAAAAACUUUUAUAUUUUUUCAAAUAGAGAAUACAAAAAAAAAAUGUUUAUUUUCUAAUGUGGCCUAUAACUACCCUUGCACUUACCCAAAAAGUUAUAAAAAUAGUUUAGUGUAAUUAUUUUUAAAUAAGAGUAUAGAUUUAGUUAAAAACUUUAUUCAGUGCAAAAGCUCAUUAAAAUACAUGACAUUUAAUAGUUAUUUUUUAUACAUGUUUCAUAGCUGUAUAACCUUGCAAGCAUAAUUGUCUAAAUAAUAAAAGAUCAAAUUACAUCACACAUAUAAAUAGUCUAUAAUAAUAAUAUAUUGCAUAAACAGAAUUGUGAUAAAAUGACAAUGAGACCUCCACAUGUUAGGUAUGUUAAUAAUAAUUUAAUAAAUGAUAGGAUAUAAUUAUGAAUCUUUGAUUGAGUAAUUAAAAUAAAGUAAUGUUACUUGGC